GUUUUAUGUUUUUACGUUUGUUAUUUAAAUUGGAAAAUUUACAAUCACAUACCAGUUUUAAAAUAAAAGAAACAUAAAAAAUUCAACAAAAAAGACGAAUAAGAAUAAUACUGAAAAGUAUUAUACUUAAAUUAUAAGUGGCAGCCUUCUUCAGACAAACAUUUCAGAAUAGAUAUUAACUGCUGAUAUGGAUUUCUUGUUUCUCAAAAAUUUGAAAGACUCAUAAAUUCGACUCAACGUUCAAGAUCAAUUUGAAAAUACUUUUUUUUUUUUUAAACGGAUUUAUUGAAGAAGUUUUGGCUUGAGAAUAUGAAAUUCCCUAGUAAAUUCAGGAGGUUACCAAUAUUGCAUAGAUUAUCCUUAUAUUCAAAAUAAGUGAAAAUAUUUUUCAAUUCAAUGUCAAUCAUGUGUUGUUUUAACUUUCAAGAAUGUAAUACAAUAUGUGCAAUCGUAGAACAAAUGAGUUAUGAUUUCAUUUAUCAAUACUCAUAAAUCAUGAAAUGUACAGGCUAACUAAAGCUUUUUUAAGCUAACAGUAGCUAUCAUGGAUGUAUUAUGGUAGCAAUGUAACUGCUCCUCGAUGACGCCAUAAAGGAUCCCGAAUCAACAAAAACGUCAUGGACGUCGACAUAGCGUUUGAAUUAUUAAAAGAGUUUCAGUCGCUUCGUUGCCUAGAGACGGCAGGGGUAGUUGUUGCUAUAGGAAACCUGGUCCAGAUAAACCAGCACGCGCCGACUACUUGAACAUUCUAGAACUCCGCAGUAGAAUGUCUGCACUUCCUGCAAAGCCCGGCCUUCACCUCAGUGUGUCAGAGUGGUACAGCCGCAACCACCAGCUGUCUGCCACUGCUCAACACGAGCGACUUAUUUCUAAUGUGAUCAGACAAGAUGGGAGGUCGCUACGCAACGAGACCAACUGCAAGACGACCUGGGAUGAGAGUGACACCUCUCGCAGGUUGAGGGACAGGGUUCUGGAUGUUGGUCGAUCGAAGGACGUGUUGGAAACCUGCGCACAGAAAGUGGAUGAAGAGAUGGAGGCUCUGACCCUGUCUAAGGAGCAGACCGAGCAGGCCCUGGCUGCAACUGUCAUUCCUCUGGAGGUCAGCACAGAGUGUGUGACGCUGAGGGAGGGACGGCGAGGGUGCGAGCUGGUCGUCGACCCCGUGGAUGAGCAGCUGAAGAAAGAGGUGGAUCUGAUCGGGAGAGUCCAGCAGGUUCUGCAGCAGCACAUAGACAAGGCCUUCGAACAGCUGAGUGUUUUGCAGGAGGCUCGACAUCAGCUGACCUCUGACCUCCAGAACAAGAUGGACACUCUGGACAUUGACAUGUCCUGCCUGUCACUUACAAUAAAGUCCCCUCAGAUCUCCCUGAAGACCAACCCGACUCGCAUACCAUCAGGCUCCUCCACCCCCCAGGAGUGGCUCCAGUUCAGCCAGUAUAAUGUAUCUCGUGCCCAGGAGGCCAUGCAGGUGUCCCAGCAAAUGAGGGAGGACAUGAGUCUCACCAGAGCCCAGCUGCAGAAUGAGUUGGAGACUCAGCGGAGGGCCACAGAGUUUGCUCUUCGUAAGCGGAACCACCACGAGGAGCAGGCCCGAGAUGAGCUGGAGUGGCAGAUAAAAACUACUGAAGAUGAAAUGACAGAGAUGGAGAGCGACAUCCACGGACUGGAUACAGAUCUGCAGGCGAAGACGGCCUCCCUGAAACUGGCUCACACCAGACUGGAGAACAGGACCAACAGACCGGGCAUGGACCUGUGCAGAGAUGAGGUUCAACACGGCCUCGUUACUGAAGUCAAUCAGCUGGAGGCCACGAUCCUGGCUCUGAAACAGAAGCUGUCUGAGGCUCAACACUCUCUGCAGAAGAUGAAGCUCCAUCAUGGCCGCAUGCUGCAGGAUCUGUCCAGAAAACAGGAAGCUUUAUCUCUGGAACAACGGAGCAUGAACACCCGCACCCACUUGACGUCAGCCUCCUGCUCCGGCAAAACCCCGGUCCUGCUGGUCCCUCUCACCAACUCCAGUGGGAGGAGCAACCUGCAGCUUCUGGCUCAGUAACAAGACGGUCUGUGUGUUUGAAGGGAUCUAGUGGAACAGAUAUUCAUUUUUAGCUUCAUGUUUUUAACAAUCCGAAAGCAAUGGACACCACCAAAAUGUGCUGUCCAUACUUGGAUGUUUCUAUUAAUAUCUUAGCGAUGAUACAGCAUAGAACUAUGGUUUUAAUGUUGUUAGAAUCUGUGGACUCUCCACUUCCCCUUACAUAUUCUUAUGAGAUCGUACGUGAUUCACAUCCUCUAACAUUUUGUUUAAGAGUGAGAAGACGACAUUACGACUCAGCGAUUUUACAAAAUUUCAUUUUAAGCAUUUAUCUACUAUUUUACUCACAUGUUGUGCUAUUUUUCUAACUCGUUUCAAGCACCACAACAAUCCAUCCACAUCAGUAAAAGUUUGUUUUCACAAGAGAUUUGAAGAAUUUCAAAAACCAGGCUUCAAUUCUUCAGCUUUUGGGCCAAAUUAUCUCUUUGCUCCACGACAACAAGGCACCUCAUUAUAGAAAGAACUGAGAUUGUUCUGAGAAUUAUGAUGUAAAACACUUGGGUAUUAUGUUAUAUGCAAGUAUCAAUGGUGAAUUUAAGAAAUAAUGUAGAAAUCGAGAAAAUGCCCUUAGACCUCACAUGCAGUUCUGAGGUCUGAACGUAGUAAAUAAAAUGCUAAAAGAUGAAUUAAUCAUCUUAAUUAGUCAUUGAAGAAAAAAGCAAAAGAAUUUCCUGGACUUUAUGUAUUUAUUUCAACAAGAACCGUUGCAAGAAUUAUUCUCCUGACUUGUCAAGACCCUUUUCUUCUGUGGGUAAUUUGCUUUUAGUUGUGAUCAGCUAUGUAUUUUAUGUGUGUUUAACUUUACUUAUUUUUUACUAAGUAAUCUUGCUUGGAUAUUUCUGGCAUCUGAAUGUAUUUAUUUAUUUGAGAUUGUUUUUUGUUUUUUUUUAACUUUAUUGAUCACGUAGAGAAGGAGCUCACGUUCAUGUGUGGUAAAGUCAUUACUUUUAUCGACCAUCAUCUUUAGUGGCCAUGUUUGGCCUCAUCGUGUUGUUUGAUCAACUGAGGCUGCUUGGAGAAUGAAGUCAGUGAUAAUGAUGUGAACUUUGACUCAUACAGUAAACACACAGUUUAGAUUAAAAAAAAACUAAACAGGAUCCUAACACAAUAAACCCUCGUAACUCUCACCUGCCUCAGUAGUAAUGUCUUCAAAUGGAUGUGUUGUGUAAGCCUCUGCUUUUUAUGAGAAUUUAAGGAGAGAGAGAGAGAGAGAUCUGUUUUAAAUCAUCACUUGUCACAACAUCAGUAAAUCAUAGUAUACUACUCUAUAUUUCCAUGUUGAGACCAGAGAAAACUGAGACAGCAUUUCCCAAUUAGCAUUUGUUGCUACCUUAUUUUAUGCAAGUAUAUUCUCUUCUCAUUUAGGAUUACACUGUAAAAUAUAACUUUUUGUUUCAACUUAAAAAUAUAAUAAAAGGGCUGCUCUAACAUUUUAGGUUAAAUAAUAAAAUGUUAUAAUGAUUAAAUAUUGCUUGUUGUGUAAACUCUUCUCUCAGUUUGGUUGAUUUAGAUUUGUUCAUUUGUUGAACAGCCAAGCUCGUUGUUUGAUCUGAAUCUAGUUGAGCUUAAUUAAAAUUGUCUGUUGUGUAAA